UCGCUCGUCGACUCUAUCGACUCUCUUCUGAUUGGUCCUUUACAGGAGUCUACAGAGUCGCUCGUCGACUCUGUCGACUCUGUCCUGAUUAGUCGAUUGUCACGUGACUUGUAA